UUGCGCUAAUUGUAAGCAAUCGUGUUCCUGCAGUGACUGGCGGGUGCCCCAGUUGGCUAAUAAAUUCGUUCAUUGAUAUAUUACAGACCGAUCCUCCGCCGCGGAAGAAGUCAUGGUCCUCUCGCUGUCUAAAUUGCAUGCUAAAGUUAUUUCACUGGGUUUACAGGAUGAUUCGAUAUUAUAUAUUCCGUUUCCGAAAGAGCAGUAUGAAAGGAUCAAACAAGACAGCAGUGAAUGACAUAGCAAAUCCGCCUGACAAUAAAAAGCUGGACUCAGUUCGCAGUCAAAUUCUAAACCAUUUUACGCGCCAGGAAUACAUAGUAAGUCUGACUUCCAUUCGAAAGAUGAAGGGAACUAUGGGAGAACUGAAGUUGGGUUGA